AUGUUCAUCAUUGAGUACUGGCCAGAUCCGCAGCGUGGCAUCAAGGAAGCGUAUAGGGUUCUGAAAAUUGGAGGAAAAGCCUGUCUAAUUGGUCCAGUGUACCCAACCUUUUGGUUGUCUCGCUUUUUUGCUGAUAUGUGGAUGCUUUUCCCAAAGGAGGAAGAGUAUAUUGAGUGGUUUACAAAGGCUGGUUUUAAAGAUGUUCAAUUGAAAAGGAUUGGUCCAAAAUGGUACCGUGGUGUUCGCCGCCAUGGCUUGAUUAUGGGCUGCUCUGUGACUGGUGUGAAGCCUUUAACAGGAGACUCUCCCCUGCAGGAAGUUCUGGUACAGAAAGGAAGCCGCCAUCACAUUCUAGAAUUGGGUUGGCAAGUUUCUUGUGAGAUUAUUCUGAUACCUCGCUUGAUGCAGCUUGGUCCAAAAGUGGAGGAUGUGAAGAAGCCCAUGAUUCCACUUGUGUUUCUGAGGCGGUUCAUUCUUGGUACCAUAGCCGCAGCCUACUUCGUGCUGGUGCCAAUUUACAUGUGGCUUAAGGAUAAAAUUGUACCGAAGGGUAUGCCCAUCUAA